AUGGUAAAAGCAAAGGCCCUCUGGGCGCUCGUCCUGGCACUCUCUGUCCAAACACAAGCCAAUCAGUCCCCCCUCAGAAAGUCCAAGUACACCCUCGAUGAUAUUCGUCCAUUGACCGAUCCCUCUUCCGGCCUGGUCAAGUGUUGCCCCGAGGGAACAGAAUUCGAUGGCAAGGCGUGCGUCCUCGGUGUACCGACUUGUCCUGAAUCCUUCAUCCGCAAAGAAGACAAGUGCGUGUCCACGGUGAAGCCCAUCUGUCCGGACGGCAGCGAGUACGACGGCAAAGUCUGUAUUUCCACCUCAGAGCCAGCUUGUCCACCCUCGACCGUAUGGAAGGGCAAGUCAUGCGUGACUGGGCCUCCCACCUGUCCGUCUAAUCUCGAGUAUAACGGCAAAGUGUGCCAGUCAAAGGAGAGUCCCAGAUGUCCCGAAAACUACACCUUCAAUGGCAAGACCUGUGUCAGCGUCAAAAAGCCCCAAUGUCCCGAAGGAUUGGCAUUCCAUGAAGGUCACUGCAUCAGCGAUCGUCCCCCAGUCUGUCCCGCAGGCACAGAAUACCGUGAGGCACUCAAGGUGUGUGUCUCCGUCUCCGGACCGUCCUGCGAGGAAGGCAGCCGCGUCAAGGACGGGAUGUGCGUAUCCGACAUCAAGCCCUCCUGUCCUGAGGGCAGCACGUUCCAACCCACCACGGGCAAAUGCACCACGACCGCCAAACCCGCCUGUCCACCAAGCUCCGAGCUGGAUCCUGUCACCAAGAAAUGUGUGCUGACUGAGCCAGCCAGCUGCCCGUCCGGAAGCGAUCUCUCGCUCGACGUGGCCCAUGGCACCGCCCGCUGCUGUCCCGCUGGGAUGACGUGGAAUGGCGAGGUAUGCGUGAUGGGCGUUGACGAGAACGGCAAAUGCCCGCCCGGAAUGACGCUCGUAGGCAAGCUCUGCCAGAAGCAGUCCAUCAAGGUCGCAACCUGCCCGCCCCGUUCCCGCCUCGAAGGCAGCCGCUGUGUUUCAACCGAACCCCCCGAAUGCCCGCCCAGCUACAUCCUGGACGGCUCCACCUGCACCAUGAUCGAGAAACCCCAAUGUCCACCUGGCCUGAUCCUUUCCGGCGAGAACUGCAUCUCCUCCGUCCAUGUCAGCUGCCCGCCCGAUACCAAAUUCGAAGCCGGCCUCUGCGUCAGCCUCUCCCGCCCCCAGUGCGAAGAGGGCUUCACCUUCGACGGCACCAACUGCAUCUCCACCACCCACAACCCCAAGUGUGACGACGACGACUCCACCUUCAACGGCGAGGACUGCACCUCCGGCCACUUCCCCCGCUGCCCGGAGGACACCAUCUUCGACGGCACCCGCUGCGUCUCCACCAUCACCCCGUCCUGCCCCGCCAACUCGGUCCCCAACGGCGACGGCGACUGCGUCACCAGCUUCAUCCCCGCCUGCGCGCCCGGCUCCACCCUCGUCGCCGGCGGCUGCAUCGUCGGCGCCCCCACCUGUAUCAAGGGCACCGUCUUCGACGGCAAGCAGUGCGUCAGCCCCAAGGACCCAGAGUGCCCGCCCGACCACAAGUGGACAAACGGACGCUGCAUCAGCCUCGUCACCACGGAGUGCGAGCCAGGCUACACCCUGCUCAACGGGGAGUGCGUCUCGGACCGCAAGCCCGAGUGUCCGGCCGACACGCACUUCGACGGCCAGAACUGCGUCGGCUCGGUACCUGAGUGCGAACCCGGACUGGAGUUCGACGGCGAGGACUGCGCACACCCCGAGGAGCCGACCUGUCCGCCUGGGAUGCGCUUCAACGGCAAGAAAUGUGUCGCGGAGAACGACCCCGUUUGCCAGCCUGGCACCGUCUAUAGCAAGAAGGCCAAGGAGUGUCUUUCUGUUGAGCGGCCUGCUUGUCCCCCCGGCCAGGUCUUCAACGGCAAGCAGUGUGCUCUGGCGUCGGGUGAUUGCAUGAACUUUGAGUAUUGUCCUCCGACGGGAAUUCCCGAAUGCUCGUCUGGUUCGGUGUUUGAUAAGCAUACGGGCAUGUGUGCGGAUUGGUAG